CCACGGUCACCCGGCAAACGGAGAGCCCGCGCACAUCAGCGCCCGGCCGGUCGCAGGUUCGAUCCUUCGUGGGGGCGCACAGAUGGCUCGGUUUGGGGAAGCAGUGAGCGGUUUGUCUGCCGAUGCCAGCCCGGAGCAGGGAAAGAGCCGACACCAGGUGCCGGUGAGUGGGGAAACGGCCGCGGCGGCAGCCGCAGCAGGAGCAGCAGCAGCAGUGGCAGCAGCAGCGGCGGCACAGGGCUCGGCUGGUUUCAAGCAGAGCCGGGCACAGCGGGCACGCACCAUGGCUCUCUACAACCCCAUCCCUGUUCGACACAACUGCUUGACCGCGAACAGAUCCCUCUUCUUGUUCGGAGAGGAUAACAUCAUCAGGAAGUCAGCCAGAAGAGUCAUCGAAUGGCCAUAUCCUUCCACAUCUACUCGCCCGAGCAACUGUCUUUGUUGCGUCUCACCCAAUCCACCACCUUCCCGCUGCCAUCUCAUCCCAAAUCUCAGAGUGCUACAGAUCCGAAACUGCCCUUCGGCUCACCACGUCAUGUCCACCUUUCUGUCCAUUUAUACUAUCCCCAUUUGCCUGCAUUAGGACAUUAUCCUAUUGUGUCUGCUUGCACCAUGACCUCUGGCACUAAGUUACAGAUAUCAAUCACUCUCUGUAAAAAAGAACUUACCUCCCAGAUCCCUUUUAAAUUUCCUUUCUCUCACUAUAAACUCACUAUAACUCUUGUUUUUAUUAAAAGUACUGUGGGGAAAAUACUUCUGAGUAUUUACCCUAUCUACACAUUUCAUAACCUUAUAUACGUCUACCAGGUCAUCCUUCACUCAAGAAAAAACAAGCCCAGCCUGCCCAAUCACUUCCCAUCACUAAAUCCUUCAAUCCAGUCAACACUCCAGUAAACCUCUGCUGCCCUGUCUCCAGAGCAGUCACAUCAGAACUGCACACAGCACUAGUGUUUUCUAACAUGGUGACAUACUGCCCAACUUUUACUUUAUAUUCGACAUCCCGAUUUUAUGUUGGGGCAUGGAAUAUCUUCCCAUUCAUCUGUCCCACCAUGAACUCAGCCCUGCCACCCAUCCGCUCAUCCAUUCCCCCCCCCCCGCAUUCCCCCAACUUUCCUCAUCUCUCAGUGACUGUUCAAUGAUGUGUAACACAUUCAUUCCCUAGUUUCACGUCUCUGCAUCUUUGCCCAAGCCGCCACAAGAAAAUCCCAAGUACACUGAUGGAACUAGAUCAGCCCAGGUGCUGUUUCUUUGUCAUUUCACGAAGAAACAAGGGAGCGUUAAAUGGGGGUGCUGAGAAACUCUGGUCCAUGGAAGCUGCUGUCCCUGUUACAAAAGCUAGGGUAAAACUGAAAGUUUCCCUGACCUGGAAAUGUGGCCCUGGCUGGUGCACUUCAUAGAUUUCAAUGUCAGACAUGUGGCUUUAUGUUGUAUUCUUGACAUAUUGUAGAAAAUUUUCAU